GGGCGCGCCAGAGGGGCCGUACGACGUCUGAAUCGCAGGUCCGCAGGGCGUCCAGAUCUAUGGCUGUAGCCGGGCUUCGGUACCUCGCCGCGUACGAGGUUGUCAUCUGCAUCGAGUGCCAGACCUGCCUCCUACCUGGCCGCAGCAGCCAGGAGCGACACCUGAGGCAGCCACCGCACUCCUCGAGAGGGCCUCAGCUACAGGCGCUGCUCGAUCUCCUCGUCACGUACCAGCUCCAAGCGCCAAAUCAGGUCGCCCUACCAUUCCCGCCUAGCCCGGCCAUCGAGGGGCUACGCUAUUAUGAUGCCUUCGCGUGCAGCCUUUGUACUACUAGCCACCUCACCCGAUCGAGGCAUGCCCUAUAAGUGUAUAUAUCAAAGGAGCACUAGCAAAAGCCGGCCCAGCAAAUCGAGGGCCGCUCGUGGCAAAAGUGCAUUGUCCAGACCUUCUUUGCCGAGAAGCAGUAUAUCCGGUACUUUAGUGUAAUUGCAGAUAAAGGUAAUAGUAACAACCAAGCGCCACCAAACAAAGCGCUAGACGACAAG